GUGGUGUCUCUGCCCUCUUUUGGUACCCAGGAAGCUGAGAGGUCCACCAGUCAGACAGGCGCACGGAGAGCAGAUGAGAGGCUCUCUCUCUGGCAAGCUCUCCUUUUUUAAUGGGCUCUUUCCUCUAGGAAGUCAUUGGAAGCAAGCUUGUUACCAACCACCAAGACGGACAUAUUUGUUACUUUUAACAACUUCUUUUUUCUAUUCUUUUUUGGGGGCUCUCUGAAGUUCGAAAUAGGACAUUUUCUGGAGUGUUGGUCAUCUGAAAAUAAUGGAAAACUAAUGGCCUUUUUUAUGCGGGAUGGUAGCUGUGCGCUCUGAAGGUGCAGAAUGAAAAGAUGGCGCAGCUGCUUGUACCGCCAGGACCAGACAGCUUCCACCGCUUUAGUUGCGAGUCCCUCGCCGCCAUCGAGAAGCGGAUCGCAGAGGAGAACGCCAAAAAACCAAAGGGAGAGAAGAGAAAGCGCAAAGAUGAGGAUGAACUCAAGCCCAGUAGCGACUUGGAGGCGGGAAAGUCCGUCCCCCUGGUGUACGGGGAGGUUCCCAAAGGAAUGGUCUCCACCCCGGUGGAAGACCUGGACCCCUACUACAGUAAUCAGAAAACGUUUAUAGUAAUAAACAAAGGAAAUUUCAUCUUCCGGUUCAACGCUGCUCCUGCAUUGUACCUCCUGAGCCCUUUCAACCUCCUUAGAAGAAUAUCUAUUUGGAUUUUGGUCCAUUCAUUGUUCAGCUUGGUGAUCAUGUGCACUAUCAUCACCAACUGUGUAUUUAUGACACUGAGUCGCCCGCCUGACUGGGCCAAGAAUGUUGAAUACACUUUUACUGCAAUCUACACAUUCGAAUCCCUUGUAAAAAUUUUAGCCCGAGGGUUCUGCAUAGGCAAGUUCACCUUUCUUAGAGAUCCAUGGAAUUGGUUGGACUUCUCCGUCAUUGUUAUGGCGUAUGUAACCGAGUUUGUAAACCUUGGCAGUUUCUCAGCUCUUCGUACAUUCAGAGUGCUGCGAGCUUUAAAAGCUAUUUCUGUGAUCCCAGGCUUGAAGACCAUCGUUGGCGCGCUGUUCCAGUCGGUCAAGAAGCUUUCUGAUGUGAUGAUCCUCACUGUCUUCUGCUUGAGCGUCUUUGCCCUCAUAGGGUUGCAACUGUUUAUGGGCCAUUUAAAACAAAAGUGUGUGUUCAUGCCACUCCACAAUAAUUCCGCCAUCAAUGGCACAUUUUCCAAUGGGACCUACAUGGACGGAGCAUACAACAACUACCAGGAAGAGGCUUUCAACUGGACAGAGUAUUCACUUGAUAAUAAAAAUUACUAUUACCUCCCGGGCAAACGGGAUCCAUUGCUUUGUGGAAACGGCAGUGAGGCUGGGCAGUGUCCAGAAGGGUUUUCAUGCAUCAAAGUGGGAAAGAACCCAAACUAUGGUUACACCAGCUUUGACUCAUUUGGAUGGGCCUUCCUUUCUCUCUUUAGACUUAUGACUCAGGAUUGUUGGGAAAACUUGUACCAGCAGACACUACGGGCAUCAGGAAAGCCCUACAUGGUGUUCUUCGUGUUGGUCAUAUUCCUUGGCUCUUUCUACCUAAUCAACCUGAUUUUGGCUGUGGUGGCGAUGGCGUACGAGGAGCAGAGCCAGGCCACUAUCAAGGAGGCUCAGGAGAAGGAGGAGGAGUUUCAGGCCAUGCUGGAGCAGCUCAAACGACAGCAAGAUGCUCAGGCUGUAGCAGUGGCAUCAGCAGUGCACGGUGAGGUCAGCGACCACGCCGGUGUCAUGGAGAGCUCCUCAGAAACCUCCAAACUCAGUUCAAAAAGUGCCAAAGAGAGAUGCAACAGGCGAAGAAAGAGAAAAGAGGAGGGCAAGGUCCCAAAGUCCGAGUCUCAGGAGAGUAUUAAGAAGUCCCGAUGUCGCUUCUCUGUGGAGCCCAAUAUACUCCACUAUGACAUGAAGUGCUCAUCAGCCCACCAGUCCUUUCUGAGUAUUCACGGACAUCCAUUGUCAUCCAGACGGAACAGCAGGACCAGCAUUUUCAGUUUCCAAAGCCAAUCACGAGAUGUCGGCUCAGAAAAUGAGUUUGCAGAUGAUGAGAACAGCAUUUUUGAGGACAACCGGAGUCGAAGAACCUCUUUGUUUUUUACCCGGGGGUGUGACCGCAACAGCAGCAGUAUCAGCCAGUCCAGCUUCUUUCCACAUCCGCUACUUUCACCCUGCAGGAUGAAGCAGAGCACUGUAGACUGCAAUGGAGUAGUGUCCUUAAUGGGUGUCGAGUCAAUUCCAUUAUCACCUAUGGGGCUCUUUCAUCCUAAACUGACACAGGCUGACACCACCAACACCGAAGGCGGAACAAACCAGGAAUGUAUCGACUUUCCUGAGGACCCAGAGGCCAGGGACAGAACUCACAGCGUAGCAAGUGUCAUAACCAGCACAAUGGAAGAGCUUGAGGAAUCGAGGCAGAAGUGUCCUCCCUGCUGGUACAGUUUUGCAAACACUUUCCUUAUCUGGCAAUGUUGUCCAGUCUGGCUUAAGAUAAAGAAGGUGGUCAAACUAAUUGUGAUGGAUCCAUUUACGGAUUUAACCAUCACUAUCUGCAUUGUACUCAACACCUUAUUCAUGGCCAUGGAGCAUUACCCAAUGACUAAGGAUUUCUCCAGGACACUAAGUGUUGGCAACAUGGUAUUCACUGGCAUCUUCACGGCUGAAAUGGUCUUCAAAAUCAUUGCUAUGGAUCCAUACUAUUACUUUCAGGAGGGAUGGAAUAUUUUUGAUGGAAUAAUUGUCAGUUUAAGCUUAAUGGAGCUGUGUUUGUCCAAUGUUGUUGGAAUGUCAGUCUUGAGAUCAUUUAGAUUGCUGCGAGUAUUCAAGUUGGCCAAGUCUUGGCCUACUCUCAACACCCUGAUCAAAAUAAUUGGUAACUCUGUGGGAGCUUUGGGCAACCUGACACUGGUGCUGGCCAUUAUCGUCUUCAUCUUUGCUGUAGUGGGCAUGCAGCUGUUUGGGAAAAGCUACAAGGAUUGUGUGUGUAAAAUCUCCAGAAACUGCAAACUGCCCCGCUGGCAUAUGAGUGACUUUUUCCAUUCAUUCCUCAUUGUGUUCCGAGUGCUUUGUGGAGAGUGGAUAGAGACCAUGUGGGACUGCAUGGAGGUGGCUGGACCAACCAUGUGCAUCAUUGUCUACAUGAUGGUCAUGGUUAUUGGAAACCUUGUGGUGCUGAACCUGUUCUUGGCUUUGCUACUGAGUUCAUUCAGUGCAGACAACCUCGCUGCCACUGAGGACGACAGCGACACAAACAAUUUGCAGAUCGCCAUUGCACGGAUACACAAUGGCAUCGCCUUUGUUAAAUCCCUGCUUCAGAGCACCUGUAACAGUCUCUGUCUACAGAGCAACUCGCAAAUACAGGGAGAGGAUAAAUCAUCCCUUGAGGAUUUCUACAAAGGUUCAGAACCCAACGGUAUCCCUAACCAUACCAUUAAAGAGCUACCGAGGAACGGAAAUGGAGAUGUGACUGGAGUGGACAAAAGUGGGGACAAGUACAUUGUGUGCAGCAAGACUGAUGAUUCCAUAAUGUCUUUCAUCAACAACCCCAGUCUGACUGUCAAUGUUCCUAUUGCACUGGGGGAGUCCGACUUUGAAAACCUCAACACAGAGGACUUCAGCAGUGUCUCAUCCGACGCAGUGGAAUGCCGUGUGACUGUCGAUGACGAUGGCCAGCUCAGCACCUCUGAGGGCAGCACAGUAGACAUCGGGGACAAAGAUGGAGACUCUCUAGACUUUGAAUUAGAGGAAUCUAUGGAACCUGACGCCUGCUUUCCUAACAGCUGUGUACAGAGGUUCCAGUGUUGCCAAGUAAAUGUUGAGGUGGGCUGGUGGAAAAUAUGGUGGACUAUCAGAAAGACCUGUUUCAGAAUAGUGGAGCACAACUGGUUUGAGAGCUUCAUAAUCUUUAUGAUCCUGCUUAGUAGUGGUGCAUUAGCUUUUGAAGAUGUCUACAUUGAAACCCGUAAGAACAUUAAAGCAAUGUUGGAGUAUGCAGACAAAAUGUUCACCUACAUCUUCAUCUUGGAGAUGUUACUGAAGUGGGUGGCCUAUGGCUAUGCCAAGUAUUUCACAAAUGCUUGGUGUUGGCUUGACUUCCUCAUUGUUGCUGUUUCACUGGUCAGUCUGACAGCCAACGCUUUGGGAUUUGCUGAACUUGGGGCCAUCAAAUCUCUGAGAACCCUGCGAGCUUUGAGGCCCCUGAGAGCCCUUUCGAGGUUCGAGGGCAUGAGGGUGGUUGUCAAUGCUCUGCUGGGGGCGAUUCCUUCCAUCUUCAAUGUACUGUUGGUGUGCCUCAUCUUCUGGCUCAUCUUCAGCAUCAUGGGCGUGAACUUAUUUGCGGGAAAGUACUAUCGCUGUGUCAACAGAAUCUCAGAUGAGCCUUUCUUGCCCACUGAAGUGCAGAACAUGACACGAUGUUUGGCCUUAGGGAAGGACGCUGCUCGUUGGAAGAAUAUUAAAAUCAACUUUGACAAUGUUGGACUGGGUUACCUUGCACUGCUGCAAGUGGCUACCUUCAAGGGCUGGAUGGACAUAAUGUAUGCUGCGGUAGACUCGCCAAGCAAGAAUGAAGAACAGCCAGCAUAUGAGAUCAACCUGAAGAUGUAUCUGUAUUUUGUUGUUUUCAUCAUAUUUGGAGCCUUCUUCACACUCAAUCUCUUCAUUGGUGUCAUAAUUGACAAUUUCAACCAGCAAAAGAGAAAGUUUGGAGGUCAAGACAUCUUCAUGACUGAGGAACAGAAGAAAUACUAUAAUGCCAUGAAAAAGCUGGGCUCAAAGAAGCCACAAAAACCUAUUCCCAGACCAUCGAACAAGAUUCAAGCAUACAUAUUUGACAUCACCACAAAGCAAGCAUUUGAUGUUGUGAUCAUGGUUCUUAUAUGGCUUAACAUGGUUGCUAUGAUGGUGGAAACUGAUGACCAGUCAGAUAAAAAGAAAGACAUUCUCAGCUGGAUCAACGGGGUCUUCAUUUGCGUCUUCACGGGCGAGUGUUUGUUGAAGAUGAUCGCACUCCGCCAGUACUUUUUCACUAAUGGUUGGAAUGUGUUCGAUUUCAUUGUCGUCGUUCUCUCAAUUAUUGGUAUGUCUCUCUCAGAGCUGAUUGAGAAAUAUUUUGUGUCACCAACUUUGUUCAGAGUCAUCCGACUGGCUCGAAUCGGACGCGUGCUCCGCCUUAUUAAAAGUGCCAAAGGAAUCCGCACCCUCUUGUUUGCCUUGAUGAUGUCACUUCCUGCCUUGUUCAACAUUGGUCUCUUGCUUUUUUUGGUGAUGUUUAUCUAUGCCAUCUUCGCCAUGUCAAACUUUGCUUAUGUGAAAAAGGAAUCAGGCAUUGACGACCUUUUCAAUUUUGAGACGUUUGGCAACAGCAUGAUCUGCCUGUUUCAGAUCACCACCUCAGCUGGGUGGGACGUCCUAUUAGCUCCCAUUCUCAACAAAUAUGAAGACGACUGUGACAGUACCAUGGAGCAUCCUGGCAGCGCUGUCAAAGGAGACUGUGGAUCUCCUUCUGUUGGCAUCGCCUUCUUUGUGAGCUACAUCAUCAUCUGCUUCCUUAUUGUGAUAAAUAUGUACAUUGCAGUUAUCCUGGAAAACUUUGGUGUGGCCACAGAGGAGAGCGCUGACCCACUAAGUGAGGAUGAUUUUGAAAUGUUUUAUGAGGUUUGGGAAAGGUUUGAUCCAAGUGCAACCCAGUUUAUGGAGUACAACAAGCUGUCUGAGUUUGCUGAUGCCUUGGACCCACCAUUACGCAUAGCCCAGCCGAACAGGAUCGAACUAAUCUCUAUGGAUCUUCCCAUGGUGAGUGGCGAACGCAUUCACUGCCUGGACAUCCUCUUUGCUUUUACUAAACGGGUUCUUGGCGAGGGUGGAGAGAUGGACAUGCUAAGGGCGCAAAUGGAGGAGAGAUUCAUGGCUUCCAAUCCUUCCAAAAUGUCAUACGAACCCAUCACGACCACCCUUCGCCGCAGGCAGGAGGACACAUCAGCCGUGAUCAUCCAGAGAGCUUUCAGAGAGCAUUUGAGGAGACAGGCUGCUGACAAAACAUUUGCAGAAGCCAAAGAUGAGAUUCCAAAUGACGAAAAGCCAGUUGACAAAGAAGAUCCAGUCAGGGACAAACUCAAUGAAGUUUCUGGUUCAGAUAUAAAGGAGCCUUCAACCUAUCAACCGUCUGAAAAUGACAAUGCUGAACUGGAUGUCACAGGCAAAGACGGCACUGAGCAUGAUUCAUAAAAAAUGUCGGAGAUGCCUCAAAUACAUUGUACGUAAUGACAAAAUGUUUACAAUGGCAUUAGACUCCUUCUCAUAGUGUGGAUAUCGAUGCCAAGCUGACUUGAGCUCAUGAGCCUAAAGGUUGGUGCCUAAAAGGGUAAAGCGGCUCAUUCAGCAGUGAAACCAUUUUCUAAGAGCGAGACUGUUUGAAGGGGAUGGGCAACAUUUCACAAGUGUUCGAAAACUAGUUCAAGCUUUACUUUUUAUUGCAGCUAGCUUUGCUUUACAGUGUCUUGGAUUAUAACUAUCACCGACUGAUCAAUUGUUUUGCCUACUUAUUUUAAAAGCACUGUCAGGAUGUAAUUUCUUGUAGAAUCCAUCGAUUGCCUUUUCUCACACUUUUUUUUCAAACUUUAGAAAUCUGUGGUUUGUUCAGGGGGAACAGAAUUGCUGUUACGCUAGCUGUGUCUAGAAUACUUGAAAAAUCCAACGGACAAUGUCAGACAGCCAAUGUGGAUUCACAAUUUUUUUUCCCAGAAUUAUGCAUGCAAGAGCAUUUGGUGUGGAGCAUAUUUUCAUCAGCUGCUUGCUUCGUGAUGCAAAGCAAAUCAUGACAUGGCUGUUUUUUUAUAAAUACAGUGGAACCUCCAAAGUUGAUGAUAAUCCAUUCUGUCAUGUUGGUUGACUUCCAAGUCAACAAUUUCCAUACAAUAUAAUACAAUGGGAUUCUGUAUUAAUUGUAUAUUUUUAAGUAACAUUUGUGAUACAAGCUUUAAGGGAAGUGAAUAAUAAACUGUUUACUUUAGCAUUUGCAAGUUGUACGACUAUUGGCACUUAACUUUGGAUGUUACACUGUAGUGUCCGUGAUAACAGGAAACAUCUCCUCAAGCCAGUCAUUCCCAACAUUUAUUGAGUCAAGGCAAAUAUUUUACACUGGAAAAAAUCUCAUGACAAACUGCUAAACAAAAAUUGCCUUCUGUCAUCAAGUGGAAGAGCAUUUAAUUGUUCUGCCUGUAUGCAUAAGUAGCUGGCAUAGAAAGAUGGACAAAGAUACAUUAUUCGCAGUAAGUAAUUUUCAGACCAACUAAGUCAAAUUGGAUAAUUUCCUGUGGCACACCUGAUGAUCUCAGUGGUUGGGAAGCACUGCCUUAAGCGAAUGUUGAAACAAGUCCACGCUGACCUGACAAGUGUCCGAUCAGUCACACUGGGCCAGUAAAACUUUGCACAUUCAUUAUUGUUGCAUCAUCAUUGCGGUUACCUCAGGUCACUGUGUGUUACUCAGUGUACCAUUUUCCAUAAAGCUGAUUACAUAGAACUUGUAUCAUGAAAGUGCUAAGAAUAUACUCCGGGCAGACAGAUUAUCAGUAAUACAGUAUUGUCUUAGUUGGGCGGCGGUGUCACUAGUCACUACUGAAAAGUGUUUCAUACACAAAAGCAUAAGACACCUCCUCCUUCAUGUCUUAGUUGUUGUAGAUGAUAAUCAACCACUGUAUUAUUUAAUUAGUAUAAAGUUGUGGACUCGUCAUAAUAUUGGUUACUUCUGACAUAAAACAAAUGCUCAGUUUUAUCGAGGUAGUCCGAUAUUUGAACAGCCAGCAGAAGUUAAAAAUUCUAAAGUUACAUAAAAGGUCACUACUUUUUCAAGGACACAUUUAAACUUGUUUUUGUUUUACCUCGCAAUCGUUAUCAUGAUUAAUAUCAAAAUUAGAGGUACGCAAGAAUAGUUCUUAAUGAUUGUACAUGGACAAGUCACCACAAAUUCAAUGUGACAUUGCUCUUAAGUAGUUUCCUACUUGUGUUUACAUUUUACUGGGGCAUUUUUGUCAUUGGGAUGGUUGUUUCCAUAUAGCAAACUACAUCUACUGUUCCAUGUUAUGAGAGCAUCAUUACAUGAAUGUGAAUGUUUUGCAUGUAAUUAAAACAUCCAAUACAUACAUUGUUUUGAUCAUGAUGACAAAAGGAUUUGAUUAAACAGACUCUAAUAUCUCCCAUCAUUAAUAUGCAUAAUGCUUGUAGUGUAUAAAUAUAUUGCAUGCAAGACACUGCUAUAACCCAUUUCAGUGAAAAGCCAAAAGAAUAAAGACGACAUGUACCUCAA